CCGAAGACUAACAACAAUCCUAUGACCAAAAUUAAGUAUAUUCCGGAAGCCAAUGCUCUUCUUCUCAUUGUGUACUGUAGAGUGUAGACAAACAACAGAACAGAAAACUGUUGGUUUCUGGCGAAAGAGGAACGCAUAUAGAAAGAGAGUGAAGGAUGGAGAAGCUCAAGCGCUUGAUUGCGGUGUUGACUUUGAUGUAUUUGGUUGUGAUAGGAAACGCAAUCGAGAGCCCCCGGUAUGAAGUAGUACACGAAGAGUCAGAUUUUGAAGUCCGAUUAUAUGGCGAAUCCACUUGGAUGUCUGCUCCGGCAACCCAAAUCUCCUUUGAAAAAGCUACUUUUAAUGGCUUUCACAGAUUGUUCCAAUACAUUCAAGGUGCCAACCUAAACUGGACUAGGAUUCCGAUGACAGCUCCUGUUGUGACUAGCAUAGUCUCGGGAGCUGGACCCUUUCAGUCAUCAGCCUACUCUGUUCUAUUAUACUUGCCCGUGAACUUCCAAGCCGACCCACCAGUCCCUCUCCCUGAACUGCACCUGAAACCUUAUGUGUGGGCAAGUCAUUGCGUUGCUGUCAGGACGUUUUCAGGUUUUGCAAAUGAUGAUAACAUUAUCAAAGAAGCUGAGAAACUUGCUGUCAGCUUGAACAGGUCUCUUUUGGCCAAUGUAACUAUUGCAGAAAGUGAUUUUGCCUACUCCAUUGCUCAAUAUGAUGCUCCAUUCAUUUUCAUUGGUCGUCUCAAUGAAGUAUGGGUGGAUAUCGAUGCCUGUAAUUACAAUGAGACAGCAACUUACUGAAAUAUUGUUCAGUCACCGGAUAUUACAGUUCGACUGCUGUAUCCAUGUGCCUGAUGAAGCCAGUUAAAGGAUAGUUUUCAGAAAAUUAAGUUUCCCAUGUGUGUGUGUGUCUGUGUGGGUAUAUGUAUAUUGAAGAGCAUGUCUAUUUAAAACCUGAAAUUAUGUUAUCUUAUGUAUUUCAGUUCAGCUUGAUUAUGUUUAAUCUACUUUUGGUCCUGGAGUUGGACUUGGUCUGAUACAAUAUUAUAUACAGAAUGAGUGAAUGUUGUAGCUCUAAAAGUUGAUGUAGAAAUAGUAGAAGUAUUUCUACUGUGGUCCCUAGUUCCAACAAUAGCUACUCAAAGCUGAAAAUGAAGUAUUUACAUGUGGCUAA